GAAGGUGGGUGCAACUAGUACAACUGAAUUGGUUCUUGACACCUAUAGCUCGACAACCCCAAAUUCCUUCCGUCCACACCACUCAUAUCCCAAAUCCCCCAAAACCAAAACCCUAAUUCUCCUUCCCCCUUCUCAAUUCCGACCAAAUUCCCCAACUUUCCGUCGCAAUUUCAUCCAAUAAUCAACCACCUCAUCAAUCCAACACUCUCCCCCACUUUUCACCGUCCAAUUUGACCAUUUUCGAUGGGGUGAACCGAUAGUUAAUCGGUGUUUGUGCAGUUGUUAUAUGGAGUGGGAUAGUAGCAAUUCUGAUCUAAGCGGAGACGAGGAAGGGUUCUUGUUGAACGAUGGAGGCCCGCUGCCGUUCCCCGUUGAUAGUCUGCUGCAACCGGCGCCUUGUGGAUUUGUUGUUUCAGAUGCUUUGGAGCCUGAUCAUCCCAUUAUUUAUGUUAAUUCGGUGUUCGAGAUUAUUACUGGGUAUCGUGCUGAAGAAGUGCUUGGUCGUAAUUGCGAUUCAACUGUCAGUGCCGGCGAUUCUAACUCCGGCAACAAGCAAAAGAUUACCAUCCAUGAGCUUAACAGAGUAUAGUGGCAACAAAACACAUCAUAAAGAAGGUUUCCUGUCGUUGGAGAAUGAAGAGUCACCAUCUCCGGCGCCACUGCGUUACAGUCGGUUCUUGCAAUGCAGAGGUCCAUACGCAAAAAGACGACAUCCCCUUGUAGACUCAACCGUAGUCUCCGAAAUCAGGAGAUGUCUCGAAGACGGGGUUGAAUUCAAAGGAGAAUUACUAAAUUUCACGAAAGACGGAACUCCAUUAAUGAACAGACUGCGUAUGACGCCUAUAUACGGUGAUGACGAUGUAAUAACCCAUAUCAUCGGUAUCCAGUUCUUCACCGAAGUCGAUCUUGAUCUGGGCCCACUUCCAGGGUCCACAACCAAAGGAACCGUUAAGUCAUCUGACCCGUUUCGGUCCAGUCUUCUUUCGUUCCGGCUAACUCCAGACGGGACCCGCAACCCUUCCCGUGGACUCUGCAGGAUUUUACAGUUAAGUGAUGAAGUGAUUUGUUUAAAGAUUCUUUCACGGUUGACUCCGAGAGAUAUUGCGUCUGUCGGUUCUGUUUGCAGGCGGUUUUAUGAGAUGGUGAAAAACGAGGACUUAUGGAGAAUGGUGUGUCAGAACGCGUGGGGUAGUGAAACCACUCGCGUUUUGGAAACGGUUCCCGGUGCUAAACGGUUAGGGUGGGGGAGGUUAGCUCGGGAGCUUACUACGCUCGAAGCCGCUGCAUGGCGGAAGGUUACAGUCGGUGGUGCGGUGGAGCCGUCACGAUGUAAUUUCAGUGCUUGUGCGGUUGGGAACCGGGUGGUUCUGUUCGGUGGUGAGGGUGUUAAUAUGCAACCGAUGAACGAUACCUUUGUACUGGAUUUAAAUUCGAGUAAACCGGAGUGGCAGCAUGUGAAAGUCGGCUCACCGCCACCUGGACGUUGGGGUCACACACUUUCGUGUGUGAACGGUUCUAAUUUGGUAGUGUUUGGUGGCUGUGGGACCCAAGGGUUGCUUAAUGAUGUCUUUCUGUUGGAUUUAGACGCUAAGCAUCCUACGUGGCGUGAAAUUUCUGGUUUAGCCCCUCCACUACCACGAUCAUGGCAUAGUUCGUGCACCCUUGACGGGACAAAGUUAAUCGUCUCGGGUGGGUGUGCGGAUUCGGGUGUGCUUUUAAGCGACACUUUUUUACUCGAUCUAUCGAUGGAGAAACCGAUUUGGAGAGAGAUACCCGCUACAUGGACCCCACCUUCUCGUCUUGGACACACUUUAUCAGUGUACGGUGGUCGGAAAAUAUUAAUGUUCGGUGGUCUCGCUAAAAGCGGGCCCCUCAGGUUCCGGUCUAGUGAUGUUUUCACCAUGGAUUUAAGCGAGGACGAACCAUGUUGGAGAUCCGUGACCGGAAGUGGGAUGCCGGGUGCUGGUAAUCCUGGCGGCAUAGGUCCACCACCGCGCCUUGAUCAUGUCGCCGUGAGUCUCCCUGGCGGCAGAAUACUAGUCUUCGGUGGGUCGGUAGCGGGUCUUCACUCAGCCUCCCAGCUCUAUAUUCUCGACCCCACGGAGGAAAAACCCACCUGGCGGAUAUUAAACGUACCCGGGCGGCCCCCGCGGUUCGCGUGGGGUCAUAGUACAUGUGUUGUUGGUGGGACACGAGCCAUCGUUCUUGGCGGUCAAACCGGUGAGGAAUGGAUGCUAAGUGAGCUUCACGAGCUAUCUUUAGCGAGUUCUGUUAUCUAAACGUUUGUAAAAAAAAAGUCAACAUGUGUGGUUGCUGCUCCGGUCAACGCAUUUUAUGCACGAGAAGCAUGACGUGUGUGUGGAGAUCUCCAAGAGGUGCGAUUUUUGUCCGAUUUGUGAAGAAAACGGUUGGUGUGUACCGAGUUUGGUUGAGUCUCAGGUUUUUUGGUAAGCAGUAAUUGACAGAUUGGGUUAGGGUAUGAUAUACUUAGGUCUUGUUUUUCAUAAUGUAUGACGACCAUGUAAUGUUGUGGUUUAAGGUUCUGUGUUGCUUGUAUAUACGAAACGACAAAUUUGUUCUUAACCUUGUGUACUGAAAGCUGUAUUCGGCUCUACUAUGUUCCCAGGAAGCCAUAACCAUUCUUUGGCUGUGGAAGGACCUUAUGGGUAAGUUUUUGACAAGACAUGGUGACUUACUUUAAGCAUAACUAUAUUAUUUAUUAUGUGUG